CUUAAAGAAAUAAAGAGGCGGUGACCACCCUGCACGCUAGCCCCCAGUCCCUUCUCUGUCGCCGCCUCCUGCGGCGGCGGCAGCUGCUGUUGCAGUGAUGUAUUGCAUUGUAUAACAAUAAAAUAAAGCCAUCAAACAACGCUUUAAGGUUUCAUCUUCAACCCUACCACUUGAUCUCUCACUACAAAGAGAAAUAAAAAGAAAGAGGAGGAGAAGGCAAAAGCUAGCAAUCAGAACAAGAGAAAAAUAAAACCCCUACAAUGAUGCGCGGCAGCAACACGGUGAUCGGAGCCGUCAACUUCGUCACCUUUCUCAUAUCCAUCCCCAUUUUAGCCAGCGGCAUCUGGCUCAGCGCCAGGGCCAACUCCACCGAUUGCCUCCGUUUCCUCCAGUGGCCUAUCAUCGUCAUCGCCGUCUCCAUCAUGGUCAUCUCCCUCAUGGGCUUCGCCGGCGCAUGCUACCGCCUCGCCUGGCUCCUCCAGCUCUACCUCUUCGCCAUGUUCUUAGUCGUCGCCGCCCUGCUCGGCUUCAUUGUCUUUGCCUUCGCCGUCACCGACCGCGGCCAGGGUCAGGUGGUCCUGAACCGCGCCUUCCUUGAGUACCAGCUCUCCGACUACUCCGGAUGGCUCAAGGACCGCGUCUCCGACCCCGGAUACUGGGCCAAGAUCAGCGCUUGCUUACGAGACGACCACGCCUGCUACAAGAUGCCGCGCUACACCCGAGAUCCGGUCACCGGAGUCCUCGUGCCCGAGUCUCCGGAUAUGUUCUACCGGAGGAAUCUUUCCCCUAUCGAGUCUGGGUGCUGCAAGCCUCCAACUUCUUGCGGCUUUACCUAUGUAAAUGAAACAUUCUGGAUUGCGGGAGCAGGGAUGACUGUCAAUGACAUGGACUGCACAAGAUGGAGCAACAAUCAGCAGUCACUGUGCCUGCAAUGUGACUCAUGUAAAGCUGGAGUUCUCGCCAGCCUCAAGCAUAGUUGGAGGAAGGUUUCAGUGAUCAACAUAGUCAUGCUCAUACUCCUUGUCAUCAUCUACGUCAUUGGUUGUGCCGCGUUCAGGAAUGCAAAAAGGAUGCACAAUGGUGAGUCCUUUGGUGAGAAUCGGAUGACUAAAUCAAGGCCUAGCAGGAUGCACUUUUAGACUUCUUUUGUAAACUAAUAUUGUUUUGUACACUAGAAACAUAUUUGAUUAAAGAACAUCUUUGUAAUGUUGGCAUGAUUUUUUUUGCCUUAGGUGACCUAAGGAAAAGAAAGGCAUGAUCACGUGUGAAUUAGCUUU